UCUCUCCAUCUCUCUCGCACACACACUCAGUUACUUUUGAGCUCUACCCCCCCAUCUUUUAGUCAAUUCCUUGCUUCUGGAGCGAGUUGACUGUUCCGACACCGUUGGCACUCACGGGCUGGGUCACUAUAAUCGCUGUCUGAUAGGGGCAAGGACAAUAGGCUACAUACAUUCAUAAAUGUCAUGACAAUUAUCAGUUUGACUUUUCUCUCAAGAAAAACCGACGCACUGACAUCCUAAAUAAGGAGAAAAUCUCAGACCAUCCAAUUGAGUUGGAGAUUAUAGAUUCAUUUUUGAACUGAAGGUGUAUGUGUAUAGUCCCGUGAUGUUGGCCCACUCUUCUCUCCUGUUGCUGCUGUGUCUCGCGCGGCUGCCCACCCCCUUGUCGGCCCUGCCCUUUGAGCAGAGGGGAUUCUGGGACUUUGCGAUGGACAGCGAUGUGGGAGGGAUGAUGUCAAUGAUGAGAGAUGAAGAGGAAGGCUCGGCAAUAGAGGAGCUGCCCCCCCCUGAUCUGCCCUCAUGCCCCUUCGGGUGCCAGUGCCAACGCAGAGUGGUGCAAUGCUCCGAUCUGGGUUUGACUGAAGUGCCUAAGGGCAUUCCCGCUGACACCAAACUCUUGGACCUGCAGAACAACCGCAUCACUGAGCUGAAGGAGAACGACUUCAAAGGCCUUGGCAACCUCUACGCCCUGUCCCUGGUGAAUAAUAAGAUCAGCAAGGUCCACCCCAAGGCCUUUGUUCCUCUGAAACACAUGCAGAAGCUCUACUUCUCCAGAAACCUCCUGACUGGAGUCCCCAAGAACCUGCCCUCCUCUCUGGUGGAGCUCAGGAUCCAUGAGAACCGCAUCAAGAAGGUCCAUGAGGGGGCCUUCUCUGAACUGGGCAGCAUGAACUGCAUAGAAAUGGGAGGGAACCCCAUCCAGAACAGUGGGUUUGAGCCAGGAGCCUUCAAGGGACUGAAACUGAACUACCUGCGUAUUUCUGAGGCCCAACUCACUGGAGUACCCAAAGACCUGCCAGACAGUCUCCAUGAGCUCCAUCUGGACCACAACCAGAUACAGGCCAUCGAGCUGGAGGACCUGAGCCGCUACAAACACUUGUACAGGUUGGGUCUGGGCUUUAACCACAUUCGUAUGAUAGAGAAUGGCAGUCUAGCUUUCGUCCCCCGCCUGAGAGAGUUACACCUGGAGAACAACAGACUCACAGCAAUCCCCAAGGGUCUGCCUGACAUGAAGUACCUACAGGUGGUUUACCUCCAUUCCAACAGCAUCAGCAAGGUGGGAGUGGAUGACUUCUGCCCAAGAGGCUUUGGGAUGAAGAGGUCGUUCUAUAAUGGCAUCAGCCUCUACUCCAACCCUGUCAACUACUGGGAGGUCCAACCCGCUGCCUUCCGCUGUGUCAGUGACCGUCUGGCCAUCCAGUUUGGCAACUACAAGAAAUAAGCACAGGGAGAAAGUGAUAGAGAGGAUGGAAGGAGGAGUGAGAGAAGAGGACUGGGGAGAGGAGGAGGUUGAGGAGAGAAGGAGGCAGAGACCAGAAUUGGGGAAAGGAGAUGAGUAAAAUUGCCCUGACCAAAUUUAAAUCUGUAUUCGAUAGAGAGAACGAGAGAUGGUGAGGACAGAUGAGAGAAAAUAAACAAUAGAGAUGUGUUUGCAUUCUAAUUCCAACUAUAGAGAUCCUGUAUUCUAAUUCCGGUUCCAACCAUAGAGAUCCUGUAUUCUAAUUCCUGAUUCUAACCAUAUAGAUCCUGUAUUCUAAUUACAGUUCUAACCGUAGAGAUCCUGUAUUCUAAUUCCUGACUCUAACCAUAGAGAUCCUGUAUUCUAAUUCCUGAUUCUAACCAUAUAGAUCCUGUAUUCUAAUUACAGUUCUAACCGUAGAGAUCCUGUAUUCUAAUUCCUGACUCUAACCAUAGAGAUCCUGUAUUCUAAUUCCUGAUUCUAACCAUAGAGAUCCUGUAUUCUAAUUCCUGACUCUAACCAUAGAGAUCCUGUAUUCUAAUUCCUGAUUCUAACCAUAGAGAUCCUGUAUUCUAAUUCCAGAUUCUAACCAUAGAGAUCCUGUAUUCUAAUUCCAGAUUCUAACCAUAGAGAUCGUAUAUUCUAAUUCCUGAUUCUAACCAUAUAGAUCCUGUAUUCUAAUUCCUGAUUGUAGGAGAGAAACAUACAGUGUGAGGGGAAUAGAAAGGGAAGGAUGUGCUUGCCCUAUCCACAUUUCAAUAUAUGUCUUUUUUUAAACCAUGCUUUUAAUAAUCAGGUAUUAAAGCCUGAAAACAGGGUCAAUAUAAAUAAAUAAAUACUAUUGUGUUUGUGUCAAAUUAAUCAGUACUCAGAAAUAUAUUUUUUUGAGGAUGUUUUUUUCCCCAACCAAAUUGCAAAGAUGAGAUAUAUGAUAAGAAAUAUUUUGAAGCAUUUCCUUCAAUAUUGUUUUUAUUACAAGAUAGCUUUAUUUGUUAUUAUUACACUUUUUGUGUUAUUAUAAUUUUGGUGAAGAUACAUUACAGGUAAAAUAUAGAAAAGCAAUGCCUGUUUAUAGAUGAUCAUAUAAGAGGUGCUCUUUUUACAUAUGUUUGUUGUGUAUCUAUUUGGGAGUCACAUUUGAACCUUCCUUCUAUUGCUAACAUCAGACUUAUCAGGUGCUAACUUGGAUGCCAUAAUCAAUUUGUACUGUAUGUCAUAAGCAAACCCAACCUAUGGAAAGAAAAAGUUUAAGGUUGGAGUCAAUUCCACUAUUUCAAAUCAGAUUCCAAAACGGAAGUUGUCAGUUCCAAUACAUCACAAAUCCAAACAAAAACAUAGAUUUCUUAUUCCUUUGAUUUGAUACCUCUGAAUCACAAGUGGAACUGACCUCAACCUGGAGAUGUCAGUCUCAAUUAGGUAGGCUACUCCCCAGGGGAAACUGCCCUGGAUCCGAUUCUUCCUGGGUGCCAUUUUGUGUCCAUCCCCACUUAAGCAAUAGGUCUCCUGAGUGUAUACAGUGACAGUACAAUAAGGGGUGAACCGCCAGAGUGGGACUUGAACCAGCAACCCUGCAGGUCCAGACCUCUUGGCAGAGGCUGCAGUCAGGGAGGUUAUAACAGCAGUGUUUGAUGGAUUGUUUUGCACAGUGUCUCUGUAAUGCUUUCUCUGCUGGGUUUCCUCUGGGUAUUUAGUCUGUGUAAAUGAUAGAUGUAGUUGCCUUAGUUCUUAAUGCCUUUUCUAUACUCUGCCAAGCUACCGCUGCAUGUAAGAAUAAAGAUUUUUUUCAGCCUGACUAUAGCAGAGAGAACGUGUGAUGGUAUGGUGGUGGAAAGAAGCUGUGUGAGAAAUAAAAGACAACUACAACAUUG